AUGACAAACUCUCCUUCUAUCCACGACUCCUACGCCGACGACAAGAAGGUGGAUGCCACUUAUGCCGAGUACACCGUGAAGGAUGUCUCGAGCGGCAACUCCAUCCGCGAGGUUGAGGGUCAGGAGGUCGACGACAAGCGCCUUGUGCGCAAACUCGACUUCCACCUCGUCCCUUGGCUCGCCCUUCUUUAUCUGCUCUCGUUCCUGGACCGUUCCAACAUCGGAAACGCAAACCUCUUCGGUCUUUCCAAGCACAUCAACCUCGACUCGACCGACUACGCCACCUGUCUCUGCAUCUUCUUCGUGUUCUACGUCCUCUGUGAGGUCCCGUCGAACAUGGUCAUGAAGGCCUGGCGCCCUUCCAUGUGGCUCCCGAUUAUCAUGAUUGCCUGGGGUGGCGUCAUGACCGGUAUGGGCUUCGUCAAAAACUUCGAGGGCCUCCUCGUCGCACGUAUCUUCCUCGGCGCUACCGAGGCCGGUCUCUUCCCCGGUGUCUCCUACUUCCUGUCUCAGUGGUACCGUCGCCACGAAAUCGCUCUCCGCAUUGCUCUCUUCUUCUCCGCCGCCACCGCCGCCGGUGCUUUCGGUGGUCUCCUCGCCCGCCUCAUCAACUUCAUGGAUGGCGCUGCCGGUUAUGAGGGCUGGCGCUGGAUUUUCAUCCUCGAGGGUAUUGCCACUGUCGUGGUUGCCUUUGCUUCCUUCUGGGUCAUGUACGACUACCCCGACACAGCCAAGUUCCUUACCGAGGCUGAGCGUCGCCACACCGUUGAGCGUCUCCACCUCGACAACGACGGUUGCUCCAACGAGUUCAAGAUGCAGUUCGUCUGGGACGCCUUCCUUGACUGGAAGGUCUGGGUCAACGCCAUCAUGUUCCACGGUGCUCUCUGCCCCCUCUACACGUUCUCGCUCUUCUCGCCCACUCUCGUCGCCAACCUUGGCUACAGCGCUGCUCAGGCUCAGCUCAUGUCGGUCCCCCCCUACGUCGUUGCCGCCUUCUUCACUGUCUUCGCUGGCUGGCUUUCUGACCGCCUCAAGAUGCGUGGCGUCAUCACCAUCGUCUUCUGCUCCGUUGGCGCUCUCGGCUACAUCCUCCUUCUCUGCCACAUCAACACCAAGGUCGACUACUUUGCUCUCUUCCUUGCCUCGUCAGGUAUCUACCCCCUGAUCCCCGUCAUCACUGCCUGGGGCUCGAACAACGCCGGUGGUUCGCUCAAGAAGGGUGUCGCUACUGCCAUCAUUGUCUCGCUUGGUAACUGCGGUGGUAUCGUCUCGUCCUUCAUCUACCCCAAGGAGCACAAGCCCCGCUACAUUCUCGGACACGCUGUCUGCCUCGGCUACUGUGUUCUCACCAUCCUCACCGCCAUCCUUAUGUGGUGGUACGGUGCCUACGCCAACAAGAAGAAGGUCGAGCGCAACGAGGCUCGCGGCCGCCCUUGGACCGCCGAGGAGAAGAAGGCCCUCGAGGACCACGGCGACAACGUCGACUGGUUCUUUUACACCAUCUAGACUGGUGUCACCCCUGUACGUCUUGGUGCGCGGCGGCGCACCCUCAAACAUAACACUCAAGAAACAAGCAAACGAAACGUAAUAGUAUGGGACGGCGGCCGGUAUAGUUGUAAGAGGAAGUAGAUCAGUGUUAGACGCUAGCCUAGACCGGGUAUAUGGCUCGAAACCCACAGGUAGCUCAUGGUAUGCUUUCUUGUGUCCCCUGACUUGAAAUGGUUGCUCUGGGAGCGGUGGUGGUGGUGGUGGUGGUGGUGGUUCUGAGUCUGCUAAUCUGCUCUUUCCUUGGCAGUUUGUGAAUUGUGCAACUGCAACCGACCUCUCGGUAGU